UAAGCAUUUUAGAAAUUCUAGAUUUAAAUAUAGGUUGUUACAUAAAAUGCAAAAGCAGAUUUAAACAAACAGCAAAGUAAAGAUUAGAUAUCAGAAAGGAAUUGAAAGCAAAAGCAUGACUCGCGAGCAGAUCCUCAGCGCGAAUCACGAUCCCUCCCCGCUCCUAGAAAUCGUCAUGCACAGCAUCGUCCUACACAAAAUCUUCCUCCUCAUUAUCCCAUUUUUUCCCCAGACGCUUCUCAGCCGCUUCGAUGCACGGCUUGACUUUGUUCUUCGCCUCCUGCCACUCACGAUUGCUCUGCGCCGCAGAAUCGAGCGCAGGACGACCCCUGGUCAGACGCUCGUUUUGCUCCUCAACCGAUUUGAUAUGUUUGUUGAUGGCUUUCAUCUUCCUCUUGAAGUGUGUAAUGUAUUUUUCUCUUCCUUUGUGGACUUGUAUUUUUGUAUGAAAGGCGAAGAUGUUGAGUGA